AUGGCUUCCACCGCCGCUUUGCUCUCGUCCUCGUUGGAUUACUACAACGACGAAGAGGAGCUCGACAGCGUGGACGACGACGACGAGCGCAGUUUUAGAGGGAGAGACUCGGAGGAAGACACGGAAGACGCCAGCGAAACAGACCUCGCCAAGCACGACGAAGAUGACUACGUGGAAAUCAAAGAGCAAAUGUACCAGGACAAGCUGGCUUCUCUGAAAAGACAACUGCAGCAAUUACAAGAAGGUACGCUGCAGGAGUAUCAGAAGAGGAUGAAGAAGUUAGAUCAGCAGUACAAAGAGAGGCUACGCAAUGCAGAACUCUUUCUUGAGCUGGAGACAGAGCAGGUGGAGAGAAACUACAUCAAAGAGAAAAAGGCGGCGGUCAAGGAGUUUGACGACAAGAAGGUAGAGCUUAAGGAAAAUCUCAUCGCUGAGCUGGAGGAAAAGAAGAAGAUGAUCGAGAAUGAGAAAUUAACCAUGGAGCUCACAGGAGAUUCCAUGGAGGUCAAGCCUAUCAUGACCCGGAAGCUAAGAAGAAGACCCAAUGAUCCUGUGCCCAUUCCAGAUAAGAGAAGAAAGCCAGCACCUGCACAGCUCAAUUAUCUGCUAACAGACGACCAGAUCAUGGAAGAUCUCCGAACGUUAAAUAAGCUCAAGUCUCCUAAACGACCAGUGUCACCGUCAUCUCCAGAGCAUGUGCCCUCGACGCCUAUGGAGUACCCGGCGCAGCGCUUUGAAGCUCGAAUCGAGGAGGGAAGGCUCUACUACGACAAAAGAUGGUACCAUAAGAGCCAGGCCAUCUAUCUGGAGUCCAAAGACAACACAAAGAUCAGCUGCGUGAUCAGCUCAGUGGCCACCAGCGAGAUUUGGGUGAGGAAGACGAGCGACAGCACAAAAAUGAGGAUCUACCUAGGACAGCUACAGAGGGGAGCCUUCGUCAUCCGGCGGCGGUCGGCCGCAUGA